CUGCAACGCGCCGGGGAGCAGCAAGCGAGCGAGCGGGGCCGGCGCGGAGGUUCGCUGAGCUCGGGGCCGCCGCCGCGGCUGCUAGAAACUCCCCCAAAGUUGAGAGCCGGCGAGAGGCUGCCGCCCGCCGGGUGCUGGAGGGAAAGGAAGUCGGAGGGGGGGUGGCAGAGUGAUAGACCGAAGCCCGACGACAGACGGACACGCAGACCUGGAGGAGACACCCCCGCCGACCGCCGCUCCCCCGAGCCACAGAGACUUCCCAGCCCCGCUCACUGGUGGGCGGCCGAUCUGGUGGAAAAAGCACCCGGCAGAGACUGCGAGGCGACCAUAAUGGCUUUCCGUCCCCUUGAGCUGCCCGCCCGGCAUGGAGGUGUCCGACUGAGCUGCAGGGAGCUGCUGUGCUUGCUGGUGAUCUCAGCGACGGUGACCGGUGGCGCCUCCGGGCUGUGCCCCUCCGCUUGCAUCUGCGCCACCGACAUUGUGAGUUGCACCAACAAAAACCUGUCCAAGGUGCCGGGCAACCUCUUCAAACUGAUUCGGAGACUGGACCUGAGUUAUAACAGAAUCGGCCCCCUGGAUUCCGAGUGGCUCCCCGUAUCCUUCGCAAAACUGAACACCCUCAUCAUCCCUCACAACAACAUCACCAGCAUUUCCCCAGACAGCUUUACCAGCGCUCCAAAUCUGAAGUGUCUCGACUUAUCAUCCAAUAAGCUGAAGGCCCUGAAGAGCGCCGUAUUCCAGGAGCUGAAGGUGCUGGAAGUGCUCCUGCUUUACAACAAUCACAUUUCCUAUCUCGACCCUUCGGCCUUUGGAGGCCUCUCCCAGUUGCAAAAACUCUACUUGAGUGGGAACUUGCUCACCCAGUUUCCCAUGGAUUUGUAUGUGGGGAGAUUCAAACUGGCAGGGCUGACGUUUUUAGAUGUUUCUUUUAACCGGAUCCCUUCCAUCCCCAUGCACCCUAUGAGUUUCGUGCCAGGGAGCCAGCUGCGGGGCAUCUACCUGCAUGGCAACCCAUUCCUCUGCGACUGUUCCCUCUACUCGCUGCUGAUCGUUUGGUAUCGGAGGCAUUUUAGCUCCGUGAUGGAUUUUAAGAAUGAUUAUACCUGCCAUCUGUGGUCUGACUCCAGGCGAACCCGCAGGGAGCUGCUGCUGCAGGACAGCUUUAUGAAUUGCUCGGACAGCAUCAACGGCUCCUUGAUUCACGAGGCUCAAGUUGGUGAGAGGUUUCUCGUCCACUGCGACAGCAAGAUUGGUAGUGCCAGUACCGAUUUCGUUUGGAUCAGUCCAGAUAACAAAGUGCUGGAGCCCGAUCAAAAGAUGGAAAAUUUUCACGUGUUUCCCAAUGGGAGUCUGCUCAUAGAGAGUCCUCGUUUUGAGGAUGCCGGAGUGUAUUCUUGUAUUGCAAUGAACAGGCACCGGCUGUUGAAUGAAACAGUGGAGGUCACCAUCAACGUGAGCAAUUUCAACAGAUCCCACGCGCAGGAGGCGUUCAAUACCGCGUUCACCACCCUCGCCGCCUGCGUGGCCAGUAUUGUUUUGGUCCUUCUGUACCUCUACCUGACACCGUGCCCCUGCAAGUGUAAAACCAAGAGACAGAAAAGUAUGCUACACCAAAGCAGUGCCCACUCCUCUGGUCUCACCCCUGGCCCCACGAGCGAUGGCUCAGCUGACGAACGUAAGGCAGGCGGUGGGAAAAGGGUGGUGUUUUUGGAGCCCCUGAAAGAUACCGCCACAGGGCAGAAUGGGAAAGUGCGGCUCUUUCCCAGCGAGCCCGUGGUAGCGGAGGGCAUCCUGAAAUCCACCAGAGGGAAAUCCGACUCGGAUUCGGUCAAUUCCGUGUUCUCAGACACCCCCUUUGUGGCGUCCACCUAAUGCUGUAUCUUUAUUUGUGUACCGUGGUCAUUUCCUCUGCCCAUAUCUUACUCUGUGUGUACUCUCAAAUAAACAACAGGAUAGAAAUUGUGUUUAGGGUCUUAAAAAUGCAACCAAAUGGUGUCUUUAAGAGAAGCUCUGGUGGUAGGGCUCUUUCAGAGCCGGCUGCUAACCCAGAGGUCAGUGGUUUAGAAAGAGGUGGUGUUCCACUUCUGUAGAAGUCUAAGGCCUUGCAAGCCCUAUGAGGCAGUUCUGCUCUGCCCUCACACCCUAAGUGGGCAUCUACUCGAUGGCAUUGGGUUGGGUUGGGUUUUUGGCCUCCUAAAUGGCUGGUAGGAAAUCUAGUAAGGUAUCCAUCCGGGUCCUCAGUAUGCCCGAGCAGAGGCUUCUUUGCCCCAGCACUCGGUUUAGACAGUCUCUCACGGCACCGAUCAAUGCGGAGGUGGUCCAGAGAGGGUAUGGCCGACGUGGUCCUGACUCAGAAUUGUUUAAAAAAGGAAAACCGAUAAAUAAAUUGGAAGCACCCUUUUAUUCAUGGUCUCUGAAAUUAGACUUUGCUUACUUCUGAGGGCCAAAGUUGAGUUAUUUUCAAGGAAAGCAUUAGCGCUCCUAUUUUGUUUUUGAAGGGCAGCUAAAGCAGUAGUUAUUUAUAAAGCACCAAGUCAAGGGAGGCUUGAGAAGAAUUCAGCUGCUCUCCUCAUCUCAGACCAGGUUGAACAGGCUACGCGGACAGAUCUCACUGGGUAAUUUUGGGCCCUGCCACAUCCUCCACGUUGUUAUUCAGUGGAGAGCACAAUAACGGUGCGUCUGUGUGACUGUCUUCGCUCCAUUCUGUUCUUUGCCGGCCCUUGUUCAGAAGAGCUCAUUGCAGAUUUUGUUGUUGUUGUUUGUCGCCAUAAACAUGUAGGAGUCCAUGGCAAAAUGUCUUGAGCUAACCACCUCAAAGCUUCAUUCUAAAAAGACAGUAUGUGUUCCUAUGCCUGUGUGUAUGUGUAUCUUAAAACAUGUGAACCGUUACAUGGACUCCUGUGUAAGCUUUAGACAUGUUGACUUCAUGUAAAUACCCGUAUUCUGUGACUGGAUGUUCUGUUUAAUUUGGUUAUUUAAAAAUAUAAAUCUGAGAUGUCUUAUGUGA